ACUCACGCAGUCCAAAUUACGAGAGCGACACUAAAACCUCCGCUCCCCUUCCCAGUUCCCACAGCUGACUCCAACUGCUGCUACUCUCAUCGCGCUCAUGGCGACAGCGGCUGCAACUCGUCCGAGCGGCCCGGUCCUGUUAAUUCCCAACUACGCCUCCGUCUCCCCCAACCGUGUCAAGCUUUCCGCCGCCCGCUCGCCGGCCAAAUCCGUCAGCGUCUCGUCGCCGCCGGUGCCGUCCGGCGCCGUCAAGAACCGUCGUUCAUGCAUGUGUUCGCCAACGAACCACCCGGGCUCGUUCCGAUGCAGCCUACACAAGGAGGGAAAGCCCGCCCCGGCACUCCACGGCAACAGCAAGCCCACGCCUACUCCGCGGCCGUCCGCCGUCGUCUCGACCGGCUGCGGCGCGGCCGAAGGGGAAGGCAGCCGUACGUUGGCCCGCAGGGCGAUCAAUCCGCCCACGCAGCCACCGCGCCAGAGGCGAGCCGCCGGAGGGUUCCGCCCCCGCCCCCAGCCCAGUCGCCUCUCCGCCGUCUCGUUCGCCGGGGACCGGGCCGGCAAGAACCGCCAGUGAACAAACCAACCAACGCCGUCGACAUGCCAUGGCAGCAAGAUACUACCCGUACAUACUGUCCAUAGGAAACAAACUGGGGAGAAGUUCCCAUAAUAAUUCACCGGCAUCUCUGUAAGUAAUUUUAAGCCGGUGGGGAUCAGGCUGGGAGACUGGAGUGUUGGAGCCCUGCUCAUCAGCCCGUCGAGUGCGUGUAGAUACAGUACAUACAUACUGCCAGUGUAUAUAGAGAUUGUAUAGUGCGACGUCCUCUCCGAUGUGUAUAAGGACCUAUGGUUUUGGAUAUAUUACCAUGAGUGACUAAAUGGAGACAUUCCGAUUAAGAUUUAA